CAGUGCACGCAUGCAAAAAGAAACCAUGAAUGAGGAAAAUUCCUACCUUCCUGCUCACGUACCACAGUUUUUAGACCUGGACCCGAUGCCCUGGAUGGGAAUCGACAAUCUGAAUUUCCCCCCUGUGUCACAUCCCACCAACUCACUCAAAACAGCUGACGGACCUUACCUUCAAAUUAUAGAGCAGCCAAAACAGAGGGGAUUCCGGUUUCGCUAUGGCUGUGAGGGGCCAUCCCAUGGGGGGCUUCCAGGGGCCUCCAGUGAGAAGAACAGGAAAUCCUACCCCCAGGUGAAGGUGUAUAACUACCAGGGCCCGGCACGUGUGGUGGUGCAGCUGAUCACCUCCUCCAAGGACGCCCACCUCCACGCCCACAGCCUCGUGGGUAAGCAGUGCGACAAGGGGGUGUGCAUCGCCGAGCUGCAGCCCAAAGACUCCAGCAUCAGUUUCCCGAACUUGGGAAUCCUCCACGUGACAAAGAAGAACGUGAGCAAGACUCUGGAGGAGCGCAUGACAGAGGCCUUCCGCAUGGGCUACAACCAUGGUGUGACCAUCCACCCCGACAUCGACUGCCUUCCCGCAGUCGGCUGCUUCCCCAGGGAGCUCACAGAGCACCAGAAGAGCCUGAUAGCCAGUGCGGCGCAGAGCCAGUCUAGGGUGAUGGACCUGAGUGUGGUGCACCUCAUGUUCACUGCCUUCCUGCCCGACAGCGAUGGGGGCUUCACCCGCAGGCUGGACCCCAUCAUCUCAGACCCCAUCUACGACAGCAAGGCCCCCAACGCCUCCAACCUGAAGAUCGUGAGGAUGGACCGCACGGCAGGGUCUGUGACAGGGGGCGAGGAGGUCUACCUGCUCUGUGACAAGGUCCAGAAAGAUGACAUCCAGGUGCGCUUCUAUGAGGACGACGAGUCCGGGCUGGCUUGGGAGGCAUUCGGGGACUUCUCCCCAACAGACGUCCACCGACAGUUUGCCAUUGUUUUCAAGACGCCCAAAUAUCGAGACCUCCACCUGCAGAAGCCCAUCUCAGUCUUCGUGCAGCUGAAGAGAAAGUCCGAUAAUGAGACCAGCGAGCCCAAACCCUUCACCUACCACCCACAGGUUAUCGACAAAGAGGAGGUGCAGCGGAAGAGGCAGAAGACCCUGCCCAACUUCCAGGACUUCGGCCCCCCUGGCGGGGGCGGGGGCAUGUACCGAGGGGGCGGACCCGGGCCCGGGGCAGGGAGCGGACCCGGCGCUGGAGGAGGUCCCUCCUACUACCACAGCUACUCCUACAACAACUACGGGCCUGCAUACUCCUUCCCCCAUGGCACGGGUGGGGUCGGGGGCGGGGGCGGGGCUGGCCUGAAGCAUGCAGCCUCUCGAAGUGCAGGGACUGGCGGCAGUCAGGCGGGUCCUGUGGGCGAUGACCUAACGGUGGGAGGAGGCGCAUCCAGUGGGGCAGGGGCGCUGUGGCCAGGAGUGGGGGUGGGGCCUCUCGGAUGCAGACGGCAAGCUCUCUCCGAAGUGUUAGAGAGAGCGUUCGAGACAACGACGGAGAAGCGACAUGGGAACGCGCCGGCAACGUUGGAGCAACGCUGCCACAACGCUGUACACCUCCAUAAGGAGAGCCGUGAGCUAACAGCUCAGUGUAACAGUGAGGAUGAGGGCUGCAUGAUAGAAGAUGAGGAUGAAGGCCUUGUCCUACAUGACAGAGCGCCCCACAUGGCAGUAUCCCCCAAGGUUUGUGAAAUUCUGAAUGGCAAAUGCCACCAGUCCAAUGGCAGCGUUAUCGCAGCAGCCCCACAAGGUCACACCGACUCUCCACAGCGGCUGGCUCUGAAGGAGUUCAUGAAGGAGAGCGAGGAGAGCAGGCGUGACAGUGGGGUGGAGACCUCCUUCCAGAAGCCCCAGCUCAGUGUGCUGCCAUCUCUUUGUGGCCACCCAGCGCUGGCCCAGGGUACUGGGUGCAGCUUAAUUCUACAUGGGGAAAUGUAAUGCCUUGCCUCCUUUUUCUUUUAAACAGAAGAGGUUGGAUCAUGUACAUUCUACAUUGGGAAAACUUUCACCCAAAAUGGCACAAACUUCAUUUCUUUGUUUUCCAUCCAGCAAAGUCAAGCCUCUUGCUAUGAAGAGGUACUCUACAUCCAGCCAGGAAUUCUGGGAAAGAUGAGGACCCUCAGGGAUUUUUUUGUAUUUGUUAAGAAGCUAGAAGUUUUUCCUGCAUUAAGAUGACCUCUUUUCAGAAACUUAAUAUCAUACAGUGGCAUUUCAAGAAGCUAAAUGUGUGUUCCUAGUUCAAGACACCUAGAGGGAGGGAUGGGGUUGACCAGUGCCGUAUAACAGGAUGGUGUUACUUUUCACCAUGAGUUCUCUGUAUCUCCUCCAGAUGAAGUCGGCAGCAGGACCUGGUGGAAUCGCUCUGCCAAAGUUAGCGCCAUGUUUUGGAAAUAUUACAGUUUGAAUUUUUACA